AUGGCUAAAAGGAAGAAAGAGCAAGAUGAUGAUGAUGACAAUGUCUCUCUGUCACAUAAUAAGAAACCUCGUUGUGUCUGGACUCCUCACCUUCAUGCAAAGUUUCUCCAUGCUGUUCAUUUACUUGGCUUACACGAGGCUGUUCCUAGAAAAAUUGUUGCUUUGAUGAAUGUUGAUGGAAUUACCAGGGAACAUGUUGCAAGCCAUCUCCAGAAAUAUAGACUCAGUAAGAAAAAGGCUAUCCAUAUCCAUCAACAAGAUGACACACUUCCUUCAACCAUGAUUCUGAACCCUACUCAAUCUCAACAAAUCUCCUUUACCAUUCAUCCACAAUCUCAAUCUCAAACCUCGUUUACCAUUCAUCCACAAUCCUACAACUUUCCUGUAAACCAAACCUCAACUUUACUCCUCCCUAACAUGAGUGGAGUCGGCCCUUCAACACUAAUUCGGCCUAUUCAAUAUCAAAGCUCAAGUUUAUUUCCAACUGUUCUUAACCAAUCUGCGACACCGUUCGACUUCCAUGAUAGUAUGGCUGCUAACUGCCCUUCAUUGCUCCAAAUGAAUUCACAUGAUCUUGUUGGAUCUGAUUCUUCUUCAAAAAGCACAAGCAUUUGGGAUUAUGAUUGGCAUACAAAUUACAUGAAAAGUGAACCUCAGUUGCUUCAAUUUCCCAACCAUUAUUUGCCGGUAUUGGAGUCUGACAAAACAAGUGAAAUGCAGACACACAAUGUAGAGCCGUUUAUUGUUGGAUCUGCUGCUUCUUUGGAAGACACAAACAUCCAGGAUUAUAAUUUCUGUUAUGAUAAUAGUCCAGUUGCCUUUUCGGUUGAAGAAACAAAUUCUAAAACUUCAGACUGGGGAUGCCUAGAACAAGAGGAUCUCACAAAUAUGUGGGGAAGCUUAGAACAAGAGGAUUUCAUGAAUGUUUGGAAGUGCUUAGAAGAGGAAGAGGAUGUCACAAAUGCUAUCCAGCCUUUAUGUUAUGAAGCUCCUCAACAAACUUAUUAA